AUGUCAGAUGAUCUGGGCUACAACGACAUCUCUUAUAACUCCGAUCAUGCCUUCAUGCCGAAUAUUGACUUCCUAGCAAACAACGGAAUGAUCUUCGACUCUUUCUACACCCAACCAGUUUGCACGCCAUCUCGUGCUCAAUUUAUGACAGGGCGCUACACAAACCGCUACGGCCUUCAACACAGAAAUAUCUUGCCCGCUCAUCCCUCUGGAAUACCUGCUGACGAAAAGACCUUCCCCGAGUACUUCAAAGAAUGUGGCUAUUCUACCGAAAUGAUUGGCAAAUGGCACUUGGGUCAAUUUUCUUCAAGCUUUCUCCCACAGAAUCGCGGAUUUGUCCCGGGUUUUAUAUGA